AUGGUGAUUUGUGGUGUGCACUUCAACAUGAUAAGUUUCUUGGGUAUUUUGGUAUUGUACCAAAUAUUUUCAAUAGGUAAUACUCUUGCUCAUGACCAAACUUUAAUAACAAAAUACUGCGAGGCAAAGAAUGUUCGAAUGGGGACCAUUUUCUCAUGCCAAAGGAAAAGAGAUAAUACGAAAAAAAUUAUUUCAUUAAGUAAAGUAGGAUUACGCUUUUUAAAUAUUGACAUUAACGACACUCAAAACCAAAAUUUUCCGUUAGAUCAACUGGAUCAAGUGUUACGUCGUAAUUAUUAUCACUUAGCUGUUAUAAUAGACAGCAGUUGUAUUGACUUUGCUGAUUUUAUCAUUCAGGAUAAAAAAUACUUCUACGAAACAUAUCAUUGGUUGAUCCCAACAACAACACAAAAUCUCAACAAGACUCUAAAUUUUCUACUAAAAGCACCACUAAACAUAAAUUCAGACGUAAACGUUGCAAUUUUAAAUGAAGAACCUAAUGAGUGGUCAAUUUUGGACGUAUAUAACCCUGCGUCAAGCCACCACGGCCAAUUUACAGUCAUAAAAUUAGGAUAUUGUAAUGAAACAAAUGGGUUUCAAGCAAAAAUCAACGGUAACAAAUACUGGACAAGAAAAAACAUGAGUGGGGUUCGAUUCAAAUCAGCUGUUGUUGUCCCUGACCCUAGUAUUAAACUAAAUGAUUAUCUAACAAGUGAAGAAAAUCGCCAAUUGAAUUCCAUGCACAGAUUUCAAAGCGUGACGGUUAACUAUUGCCGAGAAAUGUACAAUUUCAGUCUGGAGAUUCAGAGAACUGAUUCUUGGGGUUAUUUGACUCCGAAUGGUCAUUUCGACGGCUUGGUGGGUCUGCUUGAACGCAGACUUGUGGAUUUUGGGAGCUCUCCUUUGAUUUACAAGCUCGAUCGAAUGCCGGUUAUUGAUUACAGUUUCGGAAAUUGGGUUUUGAGGUCUACUUUUAUCUACAGACGUCCGAAAAUCAUAGAAGCAUCUUACAGGAUAUUUCUGAGGCCUUUAUCUCAAACUGUUUGGAUCUGUAUCGUGUUGAUGAUGGUGCUUCUAAUGCUUUUUUUGAAAGUGAUUUUCAGCCGAGAGAAACACAAUAUGGUUGAUAGCAGUUGGAGCUUUUUGUUUUUAUUUACUUUGGGGGCUUUUUGCCAACAGGGGGCCACCUGUCAUCCCCAGUUACUAAGCAGUAGGACUCUAUCGGUUUUUAUUUUUCUUUUUUGCAUAUUGACGUAUCAAUUUUAUUCGGCGAGUAUUGUGUCUUAUUUAUUGAUAGAUCCUCCGCGGAAAAUUAAUAAUUUAAAAGAUUUGUCUGACAGUAAUUUGAGAGUCGGAAUUGAGGAUAUUUUGAUUGACAGAAAUUACUUUGUGCAAACUACAGAUCCGAUAGCUAUCGAAUUAUUUAAUAAAAAAAUUAUAUAUGGUAAUAAUAAUUCGGGUUUUUAUGAGCCUUGGGAAGGGUUGGAUUUGGUGAAACAGGGCGGAUUUGCGUUUCAUGUUGAAACAAGCACUGCAUACCCCAUUAUCGAGGAAACUUUCACGAAUGAAGAAAUUUGUGAACUUGAAGAAGUGCAAAUGUAUAGAACGCAACCUAUGCAUACCAAUCUUCAGAAGAAUUCGCCGUUUCGCGAAAUGAUGAACUACUGUAUGUUGCAUCUGGUUGAAAACGGGAUAAUGGAUCGGUUGAGAAAAUACUGGGAUGCUCGCAAGCCGAUGUGCAUCGAAUCUGCUAAAAAAUUCACAUUCAAUGUUGGUCUAAAGGAGUUUUCUUCAGGGUUAAUUGUUCUUUCUUAUGGCGUUUUGUUUUCAUUGGUUUUGCUUUUAAGGGAGAGAAUAGCUUACAAAAAAGAGUAUAUUAGGGGUUUGUUUCGUAAGAAAAAUGUUGUUCAACCAUUUACAAAUUAGUGCAUACAUUUUUGUGCUUUAUUAUAACUCACAGUAACUCAAAAUAAACAGUUAAAGAUC